AUGGCACCUCAGCAAGCUACUACCUUUCCUAGUCUUUCUCAUUCUGAUGUUCACUCACUGUUAAGCAUUAUUACUAUGCGUCUUGGUGAGAGAAAUUUUAUCAAAUGGAGCUUUCAGUUUCAAUCUACUUUGGCUGGAAAUGGCUUGUUUGGUUUCUAUGAUGGUUCAGAAGUAGCUCCACCUAGAUAUGCCCUUACUACUGAUGCUGGUGUAACUAAUGAGGAGACUACUGCUUAUAAAGCUUGGAAACAAACAGAUAUGGCACUUCUGAGUUUGCUUAUGGCCACACUAGAUGAAGACAUUGUUAAUGUUAUCAUUGGUUACAAAACUUCUAGACAAGCUUGGCUAGCUUUACAUGAGCGUUUUUCCACAGUUUCAAGAGUGAAUAUCAUGCAGCUGAAAACUGAACUUCGGACUCUUCGAAAGGGAGCAGAAACAAUUGAAAAGUAUCUUCAGCGUGUCAAAAAUGCUAGAGAUCAACUACUUUCUGUGGGGGUUACUAUUCCUGAUGAAGAUAUCAUCAUUGUAAUUCUCAAUGGACUUCCUGAUGAGUAUUCUACUGUUAGAACUGUCAUUGAGGGCAGGGAAAAUCCAGUCACUCUCAGAGAUUUGAGAUCUCAGCUUCUUGUUGCAGAGAGAAGAAUUGAAGGGAGUUUUUCACUCCAAUCUAGUAUGAGUGCCAUGGUUGCUCAAGGAGAUGGACCAGGGGCUGGUCAGAGAGAUGGCAAUAAAAGAGGGUGGGCUAGCAAGGGUGAUAGUAAAGGAAAAGAUGGAAAAUAUACUGGUACUGCAGUUGGAUGUCAAGUUUGUGGUAAGAGGGGACAUACUAUGGAAACAUGCUUUCAUGUUCACAAGUGCCAAAUUUGUGGAAAACAUGGAAAUCUAACAAGUACAUGUUAUCAAAACCUUGAGUACAAACCUCAGAGCUCUCAGCCUCAACACAGAUCAUCAUUAAACAUUGGACCUUCUCCUGAAUGUCAAAUUUGUUCCAAAAAAGGUCACACUGCUACUAAUUGUUUUUACAGGACAGAUGUUCCUGAUGGACAUCCUUCUUUAUCCAUUCCAACUUGUCAAAUUUGUGGUCUCAAGGGUCAUGUGGCAUUGAAUUGUACACACAUAACCAACUUUGCAUAUCAGGGUUCUGAUCCCCCUACUUCUCUUAUUGCUCUGUCUGCAACUCAAACAAUUGGAAGUGCAAAUAAUGUUGGCCAACAUUCUCAGGGUGGAUAUUCGAUUUCUCAUGGCUCAUUUGGAUCAAGUUUUCCUGGUGGUUUUAACCCUAGUAGUGGAGCAUCAUCAUCAUCUGCUGGUUACUCGUAUAAUUCCUCAAAUGUUCCUCAGCCUGAAGUGUGGAUAGGAGAUUCAGGAGUUACUCAUCAUAUGACUUCUGAACUGAGAAACCUCACUAUUGCUCAGCCAUAUUCCUAUGAUAAUAAGAUCACUAUUGGUAAUGGUACAGGACAAGGCAUCCAAAACAGUUCUCUACCAAGGAAAGAGUAAUGAAGAUGGCCUGUUUCUCUUCAAGUCUCCAUCAA